AUGGCCGACGCAGUAGAGGAGAUUGAAAGAGAAGGUGGCAACCGCGCCGUCAAGGAUCUGUUUGCUGGUGCUGUGGGUGGUGUUGCACAAGUGUUGAUUGGACAACCUUUUGACAUUGUCAAGGUUCGCCUCCAGACAACAACUCAGUACUCGGGCGCCGCAGAUGCUGCAUCCAAGAUCUUGAAGAAUGAGGGUGCAGCUGCUUUCUACAAGGGCACAUUAACACCACUGAUCGGCAUCGGUGCUUGUGUGUCUGUCCAAUUCGGUGCCUUCCACUACGCCCGCCGUGCCUUUGAGCGCCAGAAUGCAGCAAAGACCGGCGUUCUCGAGUCACCUCAACCUCUUUCCUACAGCCAAUACUACGCAGCCGGUGCCUUUGCCGGUAUCGCCAACACACUAAUGUCAUCCCCCAUCGAACACAUCCGUAUCCGCCUGCAAACACAACCCCACGGUGCAGCACGCCUCUACAACGGCCCCAUCGACUGCGUCAAGAAGCUCUGUGCCCACGAGGGUGUCCUCAAGGGUCUCUACCGCGGUACAGGCGUGACUUGGUUCCGCGAGGCCCAAGCCUACGGUGUGUGGUUCACCGCCUUCGAAUUCAUGAUGAACCAGGAUGCCAAGCGCAACGGCAUCGAGCGCAAGGAGAUCCCCACCUGGAAGAUUGCACUGUAUGGUGGUUUGGCCGGUGAGGCUUUGUGGUUGGGAAGUUAUCCUUUCGAUGUCAUCAAGUCCAAGAUGCAGAGUGAUGGUUUCGGUGCCGAGCAAAAGUACAAGAGCAUGCGUGACACUUUUGCUCAAACUUGGAGGGGUGAGGGUAUGAGAGGUUUCUGGAGAGGAUUGGGCCCUACUCUGUUGAGAGCCAUGCCUGUUUCUGCUGGUACCUUUGCAACCGUUGAGUUGACUAUGCGUAUGAUCAGCUAG